CUCCGCAGGCAAGCUUGGCUGAGUGCAGUUGGCUUUUUUUUUUUUCUUUUUAAAUACUAUACUUUAAAGAAUGGAACGAAAUUCUACAGUGCUGGAUAAAAUAGUGGAAGUUUCAUGCACUAUUAAAUCUGCUUUUAAAGUGGGAAACUUUGAAGUUACACUGAAACCGUACAUAAGUAUUGAGGAAAAAAGGCUUGCUGCUGACGAUCCUUACGAAUACAUGGCUCAAUAUUUUGCUCUAAAUGAAGACCUAAAGCAAAUGCUGGAAAGCAGUAAAGAUUCUGCAAAGCUGGAUGCAAUGAAAAGGAUCGUUGGGAUGAUUGCGAAGGGAAAAAAUGCUUCUGAGCUGUUUCCUGCUGUUGUGAAGAAUGUUGCCAGUAAAAAUAUUGAGAUAAAAAAGCUUGUGUACGUUUAUCUGAUGCGAUAUGCAGAAGAACAGCAAGAUUUAGCAUUGUUGUCCAUCAGUACUUUUCAGCGUGCUUUGAAAGAUCCUAAUCAGUUAAUCCGUGCAAGUGCUCUCAGAGUUUUAUCUAGUAUCCGUGUACCAAUUAUUGUUCCUAUUAUGAUGCUUGCUAUUAAAGAAGCCUCUUCUGAUUUAUCUCCUUAUGUGAGGAAGAAUGCAGCCCAUGCAAUCCAAAAACUGUACAGUCUUGAUCCAGAGCAAAAGGAAAUGUUAAUUGAAGUGAUAGAAAAGCUGUUGAGGGAUAGAAGUACGCUGGUAGCUGGCAGCGUUGUGAUGGCAUUUGAGGAAGUGUGUCCAGAUAGAAUAGAUUUGAUUCACAAGAACUACCGAAAGCUCUGUAACCUGCUGGUUGAUGUAGAAGAAUGGGGUCAAGUUGUUAUAAUCCACAUGUUAACUCGAUAUGCACGUACACAGUUUGUAAGCCCAUGGAAGACGGAUGAGGAUGUUGGAGACGAAUAUAACGAAAACAAUUUCUAUGAAUCUGAUGAAGAACAGAAAGAAAAGGAUCGGAAAGUUAAGAAGACCUACACUAUGGACCCAGAUCACAGGCUGCUGUUACGAAAUACAAAGCCCUUGCUUCAGAGCCGAAAUGCUGCUGUGGUAAUGGCAGUUGCACAGCUUUACUGGCAUUUGGCACCAAAAUCCGAAGCUGGUAUUAUUUCUAAAUCAUUAGUGCGUUUACUCCGUAGUAAUAGGGAAGUACAGUAUAUUGUUCUGCAAAAUAUUGCCACUAUGUCAAUUCAGAGAAAGGGCAUGUUUGAACCUUAUCUGAAGAGUUUCUAUGUUAGAUCAACGGAUCCAACAAUGAUUAAAACUCUGAAGCUCGAAAUCAUGACAAAUUUAGCAAAUGAAGCCAACAUAUCAACUCUGCUUCGAGAAUUUCAGACUUACGUGAAAAGCCAAGAUAAACAGUUUGCUGCAGCUACAAUUCAGGCUAUAGGCAGAUGUGCAACUAACAUCAGUGAAGUGACUGACACAUGCCUUAACGGCCUCGUAUGUUUGCUGUCCAACAGGGAUGAAAUUGUAGUUGCUGAAAGUGUUGUUGUCAUUAAGAAACUUCUGCAAACCCAGCCAGCACACCAUGGUGAAAUAAUUAAGCAUAUGGCCAAACUGUUGGAUAACAUUACAGUUCCAGUAGCAAGAGCCAGCAUCUUGUGGCUCAUUGGGGAGUACUGUGAACGAGUUCCAAAGAUUGCACCUGAUGUUUUGAGAAAGACAGCCAAGAGCUUCACAAAUGAAGAUGACCUUGUAAAGUUGCAGAUCUUAAAUUUGGGAGCAAAACUCUAUUUAACAAACUCAAAGCAGACAAAAUUGCUUACCCAGUAUGUAUUAAAUCUCGGCAAGUAUGAUCAAAGCUACGACAUCAGAGACCGUACAAGAUUUAUUAGGCAGCUUAUUGUUCCGAAUGAGAAGAGUGGAGCUUUAAGCAAAUAUGCCAAAAAAAUAUUUCUGGCACAGAAACCUGCUCCACUGCUUGAGUCUCCCUUUAAAGAUCGGGAUCAUUUCCAGCUUGGUACCUUGUCUCACACACUGAACAGCCGAGCCACUGGGUACCUGGAGCUGUCUGACUGGCCGGAGGUGGCACCUGACCCUGCCGUGCGAAACGUUGAAGUGGCCGAAUCGGCAAAGGAAUGGACUGCAAUUCUCAGUAAGACAAAGAAAGAGAAACCUACUGAAAAGUUCUACUCUGAAUCGGAAGAGGAAGAAGAGGACUCUGCCAGUACAAGUGCAACAGAGAGUGAGUCUGGCAGUGAAAGUGAGAAGGAACGUAAGGAAGAAAGCAGUAGUAAUGAGAGUAGCGAGAGUUCCUCUUCCACUGGAGUAUCAAGUGACAGUGAAUCAGAAGAAAGUACAGAAAAGAAAACAUCUGGAGCUGCUGAGGAAAGUGAUUCAGAAGACAUUAAAAAGAAAGCAAAGGAAAUCUCCAAAAGCAGAAGCACAUUCAGUUCUUCUGAUACAGAGUCUAGUUCAUCAGAGGAGAGUUCUUCAAACUCCAAGUCAGAAUCGGACUCUAAUAAUGACUCAGAUACUGAAAAGUCUAGAAAUGCUACCUCUAGUAAGAAAGGAGAAAAAACAGUACAAGGCAGAAAAGCUCCGAAUAAACAAGAUGUGUUUCUCUUAGAUUUAGAUGACUUCUACCCUGUAACAACUCCUGUGGCAGUUCCUGCAGCAGCUAUUUUGUCCCCAAGUUUAACAGCAGAUCUAGAGGGAUUAAGUCUGUCAGGUUCACCGGUCAUUGAUGUCACAACCCAAGUUUUUGUGCCAACAAAAAUGCAUGAAAUGCUUCAUCGGAUGACUGGAAAAGGAUUAUCAGCUCAUUAUCAGUUCUCAAGACAGCCAUGCAUUUUUGGUGAUCGUAUGGUAUCUGUGCAAGUGACAUUAACGAAUACAUCUGAUCAGAAGAUAGAGAAUAUUCAUAUAGGGGAGAAGAAGUUACCCCCAGGCAUGAGGAUGCAUGAAUUUAAUCCAAUAGAAUGCCUUGAGCCUGAGAGAUCUGUGACUGUUUCAAUGGGUAUCGACUUCUGUGAUUCUACUCAGACUGCCAGUUUCCAGUUAUGCACCAAGGAUGAUCAUUUCAAUGUUAACAUUCAGCCCCCUGUUGGAGAACUGCUUUUGCCUGUCACUAUGUCAGAGAAAGACUUUAAGAAGGAGCAAGGGAUGCUGACAGGAAUGAAUGAGACAUCUGCUACCAUAGAUGUUGCUCCACAGAACUCUACUAGUCGUGUAAUAACUGAGAGACUAAUGAAGGCAGCAAACCUAGGUGUAGUCCCUUCUGGUCAAGAUAAAAUACACAGGUUUGCAGCGAAGACUGUGCACAGUGGGUCACUGAUGCUAGUCACAGUGGAGUUGAAGGAGAGCUCUACAGCACAGCUCAUCAUAAAUACUGAGAAAACUGUGAUUGGUUCUGUUCUGCUGCGGGAGCUGAAGCCUGUCCUGUCCCAGGGGUAACCUGCUUACAUCUGGACUUCAGAAUCUGGCACACAACAAAAGUGCCUGGCAUCCACUACUGCUGCCUUUCAUUUAUAAUAAUAGCCCUUCCAUCUGGCAGUGGGGGGAAGAAUACACUCUUGACAUUCUUCUGCUUUAGAAUGCUAGUGUAUGCAAGUCGUCUCCUUUUUUCCCUGCUUGCUAACCAAAGAACAUACAUUUUACUGUCAGUUAUCUGCAUUUUUAAAUGUAUUAUUUCCCAUUUGUUCUAUCCGAGUACUUUCCUCUCUUUCCACCCCCUCCCUUUUCCCACUGUAGUGGACAAAUAUCAGAUAAUGAAGUUGAAGGGAAAUCACACUGCUUAAGAGUCGUGUUAAAAACAGCAGAUAGAUAGGUUCCAGCAACAUGCACAACAAUUAUGUGUGCACUUCAGAGAAGCACACACUUGUACAACAAAUACAGGAAAAUUGUUUGCUUUCUGAAAAUCCUUGUGCACCUGAACUCAUGUAGUAAGAAUAUCAUUCCCACUUGAUGUGAUUUUCUUAAAUAUUUCUGUUAAGCUGCCAAUAAAGUAGUGCUUUGAGCAGAAAGUGCCUCUUUCUUAUUUUGUUAGAGAACCUCUGAUGAUCAUCAGUAAUGUAUACAACUGGUCAGUUUGAGGUAAAUAUUAACAAGAUGGGAUGCUAUAUAUGCAUUAGGAAACUCUUUUUGUGAAAGUUGACUGUGUUUGUGCUCCAAUUUUAAUAUUCUGAUGCGCAGUUACGUUUUUGUUACUAAACAAAACUUGUAACUCUUAUUUUCAAAUUGGACAAUUUAUAAAAUACUGAUUGAGAUGAACUGUUGGGAUAAACUGUUGCCUAGCUUAGUAAACCAUUCAGAUUCUUUAUGUCAAUUUUCUAUUAUAUACCUAAGUUAGAAAAUCUCCCACCUGUGUAUAAACCAUGGCUUCAGGUAAAGAGAAAUUCCGAACCACAGCUGCUGAGCUACGGCUGAGAAGUCCAAAGGCUGUGCCACGUUGGUGGCACCCUGGUGUCUGCCUAUUGAACUGUGCCUAUAGCCUGAGUGUGAUUUUGACCUUCUCUUCACAUUCUGUUUACAUGACAGUUUUCAUAAAGAUGCCGAGCUUUAUCAUCUGGUAUCAGUUCUUACUUCUAACAUGGCUUUCCCUAGCAACUCAUGGCUUUGCAAUGGAUGUUUUCGUAGAAUCAUAGGAUCAUAGAAUUGCUCACCUUGGAAAAGACCUCAAAGAUCAUCGAGUCCAACCACAACCUGACCAUACUACCCUAUCAACCCUCUGCUAAAUCAUGUCCCUGGGCACCACAUCCAAAUGGUUUUUAAACACAUCCAGGGAUGGUGACCCAACCCCGUUCCUCGGGAGCCUAUUCCGGUGCUUUUGUAACACAAAGAAGAGAUCUGGAUAACUCUGCACCCUUGCUCUGUCACCAGGACCCCUUGCACGGUCCUUCUGUGGUUCUGCUUGGUUUAGCUUUACAAGCAACAGGAAGAAAUGUUGCAUUGCUGCAUAGUGGUAAAUUGUAAAAUUUUAUACAAAAAUUUAUAAUCACACAGUAGCCCUAAUAUGCAGCCGAGUUUGCUGGCAAGCUCUAAACAGACUUUUUUCUAGGUACUGAAGUUGCACUUCUGUUAGAAAUAUAGUUCUAGGUUUCAUUGCACCCAAAUAUGUUGGUAUUUCUCAGACAAAGAAACAAGAAUCUAAUGCACUCAACGGGAAUGCGGAUUUUUAAGUCAACAUUUAUAUUACUUUCUAAAGUCCUAAUUUUGCAGUAAGAUUUUCAAUUAUCAUUUUCAAGUGUGAUACAAAAGACUCAAGCAUUUGGAAAAUGGUUUGCAGUAGAAAAUCACCACAGAGAAAAUGCAGGUUGGUCUAGAUACUCGGUGAGAAGGUGCUGUGGGAAAGGUGCAGAACUACUUUGUAAGAAAAGAUUCAACUGUGAAACCUUCAACCACGUUUAUAAGGGGGGAAAAAAAGAGGAAGUUUUCAUUUAACCACACUAUCAAUUGAAGGAAAGCAUAUUAUUGCUGUAUGUCACACAAGUUACUGAGUGAAUCCCGCCUCUUUAGAGCACUUUAUACAGUUUACUGGUAAAGACCAGAAGUGUGCAUAAUGAGGAUAUUUAGGCCAUUUUUGGUAUUAAUUUACUUUUUUCAGUGCUUUGUGAUUUGGUCCCAUGGUUCAGUAACUUGAUACAGGUAUUUGUAUCAAGACUGACAGAUACAGGACUGACAGUGUGAUUUGCAGAUUUAUUCUGGCUUCCCAACUUUCUCCGUGGAGGGAUACUUAAACAAUAAAAUAUGUGUGCAAUAAAUCUCAACUCUCCACAAACCUAAACAUGAGCACCUGUCCAUCUCUUAAUCUCAACAGCGCAAGUUGCGCUCAGUCACAAUUCAGUUGGUAAUAGUUAGCAGCAGUUUCUUGCUUUUGCCACGUGUCAUUUUUAUUCACUUCCCUUCCUACUUUUCAUCAUUUAUAGAGGCGUGUUAAAGCUUAUCAGGAUGUGAAGUAGAUGGCUAGUCUGAAUUGCCAGCUGGAAUUCACUUCAGAGUGGUUUGCUUGUACCAGGUAGCAGCUGGUUACCACUAUGGGCAGGUUUUUCAGGAGCUGCAUGUUGAUAACCAUCUGACUUCUGCAAGAACCUGGACAUAGGCAGCCCUUGAAGCAUACCUGCAUGUACAAAUCAGGACACAGGGGGCGGGUUUUGCUAUGAUGGGUAGGGAAUUGUAUUGAGGCCCCAAUUAGGGACCAGGAGGUGAGGGGCCACUGCAAGACAACCAGGCAGAAAUGUAAAAAAUCGGUAAUAACUACCAACUGAAACAUAGUACCAAAACCAACGAAUGGAUGUGUGAUUUUAUUGAGUCAGUCCUGCCCAAAGUAAUUAAAACUCCGAGAGACUCUAAGGUUUUGGUCUAGUGUGUUGGAACAAUCGUGAAGCAAGAGCAAAGGCAAACUAGAAAGUUUCUGCUUAGUGAGAGACUGACAGAUUCUUUCCCUCAUGGUUGUUUCUGCUCAUCCACACGCAUACAACCCUCUGGAGUCCUUUCUGUUCAGGGGAAGCAAUAGAGGUUGCUUUUUUGUUUGUUUGUUCUUUGUUGUUCAGGGGGCUGUGGGGGUUGUUUUGUUUUGUUUUUUUUCUCUCCCUUUUUUUUUAAUAGAACCAUUUCCAUACUUGUGCUUUAUUUUAAAACAACAAGCUGUUGGAAAGAAUGUGGUACAUGAAAAGCUGGUACGUCAAUGGACAGCAGAACACAAACAUUGGCUUGAUGCAUGACCAUCAAAAUAACCUGUUUUUCCUCUUAUUUUCCUUUCAUGUUUUAUGAUGUCAAAUAAAAGGAUAAUAGAUUCUUUCCUGUGUA